AGGAGAGGGCGGAAGUGCGGUGGGGAGCCGGAAGUGGAUGAAAGGCGGGGGGUGUGUGUGGCCAUGUCUGCGUCGUUGAUACGGCGGGGCCUGGAGCUGCUGGAGGCACCGGGCCGGGGAAAGGCCCCGCGGGGACUCCAGCAGGGGCGUGAUGGCACCAGGCCGGCAGGAGCUGCCCGGCGGAGGAAGGUAACGGUGGGGCCUGGGAAGAACAAGGCCACGAUCAAGGGCAGAGUGGUGAAGUCGGCGAUAGCAGCCCUCGGGUGCUGCCUGGGCAAGCAGGUGAUGUGUUUUGUCUCCCUGUGCUCUGACCUAGAGGAGUAUCACAAGAAGAAAGCUAUAAAUCACCUCAAAGCAAAUCUGCAGUACAUGACAAGCGGACGAUGUGUUGCUGACAAAGCUGUCACUAAACAGGUUCUUGCACAGAACAGAGGCAGGAAGUCAAAAGAUCAGCCUGCAGAGAAGAAGGAAAAGAAGAAGCCUGAGGGCACUGUCUUUACUGAGGAAGACUUCCGUAAAUUUGAAAGAGAAUACUUUGGAAUCCCAUAAACAGCAUGAAAGGGACUCUUGCAGCUCCAGUCCGUUUGCAGCUGAGUGCUCAGAAUACAGGACCGGACACUUAAUCAGCAUGUUUGAGAGUGGAUGUAGGAGAUACAUCACUUUGUCAGCAAAUAUACUAGCAUCAGACCUGCAGAGUAACUGCUCCUGUCCGGAACUCACUGCUGGAGCCAUGGAGGUUCUUUGUUUUUUGCAGUAUGUUUUAAGAUCACCUCCCUCCAGCCAGCAUGUCUUGUGUUCUUGACUUAGAAAGGUGGACUAAUCCAAAACCAAAUCUUAUUCUUCAGUAAGGCAUCUGCUAUUGGUCUCCAACUCAAUGAUGAUACAUUUUGGACAGCAAAAGCAAAUCAUUAAAAGGGAAGGAUGCUUCAAAAGACUGUGAAAUCCAAGUACUCCAGCAGUUUCUGUCAUUAUUACAGUAUCUGUCAGGUUUUUCUGGUAUUGUAAAUAUUUUGUAUGUGUUGUAUGAUUAAAUAAUUGUUGUUACAGGUGCUGCCUAUCUUUGCCUUUGCGGUAGCGAUUGUUAUGAGUGGCUGUGAUUGAAGAACAUAAACCAGAUCAUUGUUCUGAUCCAAGCAUUCCUGUCA